CGGGGGCACCUCUUCAUCAUCAUCCAUAUACCCCGUGUGUUCUCCUGCUUUUUACGUGGUUGUAGUGGAAAACUUUAAAUAUUCGAUACUCUCCAACUUUUGCCAGAAUCACUCGCAAAUUUCAGUUCAGUGUGGAACACCAAACGCAGAGGAACGUCUUUUUUCUCAUUCAAAUUUUAAAUACGGAAGAAAAUCCCCAAGAAAAUUCUCGUGGAAGAUUUCAAGUCAAUAGAAGACUUUAAAAAGGAUCCUUUUGUGUGAUUUUUUAAAAAAUAAAUGUGCAUAGAGACAAAUAGUUGGGAAACGAAGGAAAGAGAGUAAAAAAAAUUGGGCGAAAGGUGUGCAAAAUUCGUGAUCUAACUUAAGGAAAAACCAAUGCUUUUUCCGAGGAAUUUUCAUUGACGUCGCCAAAUGAGUUUGUGAUUCAUCGUAGUAUUUUCUACAAAAACUCGUGGGAAAAAUAUAAAUAACAUUUAUAUAAGAAAUAGAUAUUCUAAAAUACCUCGAGGAGUGAUAAAUUAUCAAGAAGUUUGAAAAAAAAGUGAUAAAUCAGUAUUUUCAAAUAACAGACACAUAAUUUGAACUGUAACCCGGUGAAUGUGUGUAGAACAUAAUUCAGCAAAAAAAAGCAUUUAAUAUUAAUUGAGAAAGUGAAAGUUCCUUGACUUGAUGCUGCUGACAUCAUUGGGGGAAAUGUAUUAUUGAAAAUUGUGUUAAUAAAUCUUCAUUCAUUGCCCCCCUGCUCAAUCUCAGCUGGAUGUUGUAAUCCAAUUUUCUAUAUAAAGCACGCACAUCGCGGAAAAACAGUGUGUGGUUGCGUAGACCAAAAAUAACACGGACAGCUUGUAAAACCAUCAAGUAGAUCAACUGGAAAAUACCAGAGGAAAAUCAUCCCAUAACUUUUCAUCGGAAAAUAUCGGAUCCAGAUUUUCGGGAUGUCUUUCUGCAGAAUCACAGGACGCUCCAAGGGGCUGCCAAAACCAAAUUACUUCCCACUCUUACCACCCAUUUCCCCCGUGGAUGCCAAGAGGUACUGCAGGAUCACUGGGAAAGCCUAUGGGCUGCCAUCGCAUCACUUUAUCCCCGUCCUCUUGACGAAUUCAACGCAGAAAGUUAAUUGCAAAAUCACAAAUGUUGCCGAUAAACUGGGGCCCCAUCACUAUAGUCCCGAUGUAAAUUAUGGCAAGCGCAAGCACACCAUUUUACCCGACUACCGCUAUGUCUUUCCCAUUUUUGACGAGAAGAAUGAUAUGCAGAAGAAUCUGCUGGAAUUGCUGGAGACGAAAAUCAUUGAUGAUGGGAAUUUUGUAUAUCAAGUCGAUGAACGACGAUACAGCCUUGUCUUCCCGGCAAAACUCGAAGCAGCUGUACGGGAUGGUGAUGUGAGGGAUGUAAUGCUGGCCAAGGAUUCCGAUACGAUUCUCCUGAAGAUGCGCCAAGGACGCAAUGUCUCCGUUGAUUUGCAGGACUUCACCGAUGAGAAUGCAAUGCUGUACAACGGUGAGGGUCCCCGUCAGGAUGUUCUCCUUGAGCGUGAACGUGAGGAGAAGCGGAAGCGAAAGCGUCAGAAAAAUCUCACACAGAUGACAAAGAUAUUCGAGGAGAAAGAUAAACUAGACGGCGACACAAAGUCUCCGCGGAAGAUUAAGAAAAUCAAGACGGAGGAGAAAAAUCGCCACAAUGGAUGUAUUUUUACACUUGAGAGUAAAGCUGUGGCUGCAUCACUUCUCUCCUCGCCGGAAUGUGAUGAUCUCGUGAAUCCACUUCUUGAAUCGUGGAAUUGGGAUACGUAUGAGAAGGUGGCCUCAUCUGUUGUUAACAAGAGAUCCCCAAUUAUUCUGCCCACACCGAUAAAGGUCACUCCCAUUGAGAUUGAGGGGAGGGAUUUGAGUAAAAUUGAGGCAGCAGCUGUGGAGAAUACAGCUGGAUUCGAAGCUAUAGCCUGCAUCACUCCACCCCCACUUUCAGUGCCAAAUCCAUUAGAGAAGAAAAUUGUGGAAGCACUGAAAAACUUGCAAGAAGAUGAUCUUGAAAUGACGGCAAAUGUGGGGGAGAAAUUGGAAGCAAAUGGUGGGUGUGAGUGCCUCCCAACUGAGUCAGAACUUCCAUUUGUGAUUGAAAACAUCAAAUCCGGAAGGGCAAGUCAGGUUGCCAAUGUAAAGGGACUUAAGCUGGACAUUAAUGCAGCUAGGCAGGUCUUUGUAGCUGGGCAGAAAGUCUCCACUCCUGGUGGGGAACUCUUUGUUCCCGGGCAGACGGUGACAACCCCCAGGGGACCUGUGUAUGUACCAGGAUUAACAAUAAACACCCCCGUGGGAGCAUCCUUUAUCCCCGGAAGUAUCCUCUCGGGCACACAAGCUUCACCCAAUCAUCCAAUUUUCAUGGCUGGACAAAUUGUCAAUGAUGCCUUCAUCCCUGGGCAGACAAUCAACACCCCCAAUGGACCUUGCUUCGUGGAGGGACAAACAAUUCUCACUCCUGAAGGAUUUAAAUUCAUUGCUGGUGUUCAUGAUCCCAACACCAAUACCUUUGUCUGUGGACAGAGCAUUCAAACUCCCGACGGCUUCCGCUUUAUUCCUGGGCAAACAAUCACAACGGAAGAUGGUGAAAAAUUCAUCCCUGGCCAGAGUGUUCAAUCCCCACACGAGGAGAGUGGAUGGAAAUUUAUUCAUGGACAAACUGUGAAAAGUCCCAAUGGUGCAAGUGAAUUCCUCCCUGGAAAAGUAAUUACAACAGAUGAGGGAAGUAAAUUCAUUCCUGGACUGUCAGUGGGUGCCAAAUUCGUGCCAGGUAUUGCAUCGUGCACGGAUGAAUUGGCAUUUAUCCCGGGGAUGAAUGUGGAAACAAAGCAAGGUCCCCAAUUCAUCGAGGGCACCAUCAUUGACACAGACAGCGGGCAGAUUUUCAUGCCAGGAAAAGUUUUGACGAAUACCGAAGGUCUCUUUGACUUUGCCGUCGCUCAAUCUGUCCACGAUGUCAUCUUCCGUGAGCCAACACAGCGGGGAUUUGUGAUUGAUCCUAUGAAUUUCGAAGCAUCCACACCGAAUGUCUCAGUGUUUGGGCAUAUGAUCCAAACAACGAGUGGCAUUGAAUUCUAUCCGGAGAAAGUACGUCAGGAGCACCUGCCGGAAGGGAAAGUAAUCCCUGGGCGUCUUGUGCGACAGGAAUCGGGAACAAAGUUUAUUCCUGGCAUAAAGAGUGACAACGGCUUCAUUCCGGGGCAGCUGAUUUGGACGGAAAAUGGGGAACAAUUUGUCCCGGGGCAAGUAAUUGAGACCACAGAUGGACUGAAAUUUGUCCCAGGGCAGGUUAUUGAGACAAAGAGUGGAAGUAAAUUUGUUCCUGGUCAGGUGAUGGAGACCAGUGAGGGUGCACGCUUUGUCCCAGGGCAGAUUGUGCAUACAAAAGCUGGUCCAACAUUCAUCCCCGGGCAGGUGAUCACCACGGAUGAUGAGGGAGAACGUUUUGUACCAGGGCAGGUGGUGGAUACUCCUGAUGGACCACGCUUUGUUCCUGGGCGUGUUCUGGAAACCGAUGAUGGUGUAACAUUUAUCCCGGGGCAAAUUGUUGAGACAGCAGAUGGACCUAAAUUUAUUGCACCUGACCUAACGGACAACGAAGAGGGUGAACAGGAAUUUUCCGUACAGAGUUUCCUCGUAACACCGGAAGAAUUGAAGCUCGUCAAGUCAACGAAUAUCUUCCCAACGGCACCAAGUGAAAGGGGUGAGUUGAGUAUUGAUCGCAAGAUCAUGAGACAACUCUCGGAAGCCGGCAUGACCAUUGGGCGGCAAAUUGAGGCAUCAGCUGUGGAUUUAGUGCUACAAAGUACAAAAGAGAAGCAGAUUGUUGAUCAAUUUUCCGAGAAAAUCACUGAGAGCUUCCCUGCUGAGAAAAUUGCCAACAUGUUUAGCAAUAUUAAAUCCAUUGCUCAAGUUGUGAGUGGGCGGAAACAUCUCACGGAUGUGCCAUGCAGACAAGCUAAAUUUUCCGAUGAUGCCACCGUGAAAGCUGCCGAGUGCAUUGUGGAGCUCAUCAAGAAGAUUGUACGUGAUGAGGAUAAGUCCGUGUCAGUGUACGAAGCAAUUGCAUGUGCUCUCGAGACGGCAGAUUUGGGGAGAUGUGAGAAAAUAGCAUGUGAUCCGGCGUGUCAGCUCAAGAUCAUCUCCAUGGUACGCGCAUCACUUGAGAGUGACAUCGAUGAGUGUGAGAUUUUGCAGAAGAUCGCACAGUGUGUGAAUGUGGAGGAGACCAAAGUGCUGAGUCAGAUGGGGCAGAUACUGCGAGAUGAGAAUAUGAGUGAAUCCUUGAGAGCAAUGGUCAGCACACACCCAAAGAUUCUCUACAAGAUUAUCAAUCAUCUCAGGGAGAUGAAGCACUCAAUCACGUGCACUGAGACAGCUGUGGAGGCGUUACAUCGUGCCAUCAUAUCAUCCGUCGAGGACGUCACCAAUGCUGAACUCCAUCGUGUGGCAGCUGAUGGGGAAACCGCCCAGCAACUUAUUCGUGACGUUGUAUCCUUGGCGAAGGCACUUGAGAUCCCUACACCUGACAUUGCUGCCACCGCCUCAGCGUGUCCUUCGGAUGUUCUCACUGCCCUCCUGACCACUGAGGCUGGUGCUGAGCUCCUCCGACGUGUUGUCCUAAUGCACAAGCUUGCCCAGAGUAAUCCCACAAUGAUUGAUGCUCUCGAAGAUCUCCGGAAAAGUCCCUUUUCCGUACGGCGAAAUCCUCAAUUUUGCGAACUUGUACGACAAACGGGCUGCCUCACGAUUCCCUAUGAGAAGCGUCAACUUCUCGAAUCCUCCACUCAGCUUCCCAAUGCAAUUCUCUUCACGGACAACCAACUGGCCCUCGAGGAUUUCCUCGUGCGUCGUCGUGGUAAGAAUCGUGGGGCUUUUCUCAUUGUUAAGAAUAAAUUCCAGGGAGUUGUACCACGAGAACUAAGCCGUGACGUCCUCACUGGGAAGUGCUCGUACACACUUCUCGAUGAAGAUGGCAUUUGCCACUUUGAGCCCCUUCAUGUCUUCACAGCCCUCAAUAUUGUCAACCCACGGCCACAGCAGAGAUUCUCCAUGUACCACAGUGACGUCGUCAUGGACACGGGGGCGGAUCUCGAUGAUAUCAUGUCCACAGCUUCCGCUUGCACAGCCCUCGGAUCCGUCGCGUCCAAAAUGAUGGCGUACAGAGAUCAGAUAAAUUGUAUCCCUCUCCUCCGAAACUAUAAACACUACCCUCAUCACCUCCUCCCGUCUCCCUUCUCCCCACCCAUUUCACACGUAGUUGCAUCCGUGAGAUACUAACCAAUUCAUGUACUAUGUAUGUAUGUAAUUUGUCGAGGAAAAGCUUUUAAAAUUUAUAUAUGUAUUAUAUACAAUAAAAUUGAAGAUAAAUAAAUAUUUAUAUAAUAAAG